AUGUGAACUAAAUCAUCUUGAAAAUAUUCCAACUCAAAGAUUGGAUUUGGAGGGUCCAAUAAUUUUUUGGCCUGGUGAUUUGUAUAAUACAACGGAACAAUGGUUUGCGUAUAUAAAUUGUAGCACAAAUUCUACAUCAAAUGACAUGAUAACUGCUCAAGGAAACGGAUCCGCUGCUAUAAUUUUAUAUAAUGAUACUGAUAUUUGUACAUACCCAACAUCUUUAACCAAUAUUAAUAUUCCUGUAUUCAGUGAAAAAUUCACAAGAUGUUAUAGUGCUCUCUCAAGUUCAAUACAAGAAAUAGAUCAACCACCUACGGCAAUUAUCAGAGGCGGUGGUAGAAAUGGUACGCAUUAUGAUGGUUAUGGUGGUCCUUACAGUAGUAAAGGUAGCACUGUCAGUGAUAAUAGCAACACUAGUACCAAUGAUAAUUCUGCUCAACCUUAUCAAACUGCAAUGGUUGUUUUAUAUACGAUUUCUGGUGUCGUAUUAGGAUUAUUCUUUUUGGUAGUUAUAACCAACGUUGUUAUAAAUAGAGUUCGUUCUCAACAAGAUUCUGGAAUUAUUUCUAAUAAUGAUUCUGGUCAAGGUCAAAAACAUGUUGGUAUAGCUAAAGCUGUAUUAGAAAGUUUUCCAGUUUAUUUAUUCUCCCUAAGAAAUAAUUCUGAUGUCAAUAAAGAUUUGGAAAAUGGUAAAGAUAUUAAAGAUAUAGAAUCGAAAGAAAUGCAAACUGAUGACAAAAAUGAUAUACCAUUAAAAGAAUUAUCACAAGAAACUAAUCAAAAGGAUGAAACCCCUCAACUAUCUGAAGUCGAAGGAGAUGAAUCCUUAAAGAAUGAUAAUCAAAAUCUUUCAAAUUCUGAUAAUAAUCAAUCAACUCCCGAAAAUUCGGUUCCUGUAAUUCCCCCUCCGAUUUCUAAUAAAGUUACAGAAGAACAAUUAACUUGUCCAAUUUGUUUGGGAGAUUUUGAAUCUGGUGAAGAAUUAAGAAUUUUACCAUGUCAUCAUCAAUAUCAUACUGAAGAAGCAUCAACAUCACUUAAUGAGGGGUCGUCAUCAUUAGCAUCGACUUCUCAAAAUGAAACAGAUACGACUUCUUCACACUCUUCACAUGUUUUCCCACAUUUCCGAUGGGUAAAAUAUUUAACUUCUGCUCGACGAGCCAGAAGUGAACGAAGGCGUAAUAGGCGUCCACGAAAUGGACAUUCUGGUAAUACCAAUCAAAAUGAAUCUUGA